AUGCACCGGCUUAUAGUGAAGGAAUUUCGUGGUGAAUUUCAAGGUUGUGGCUAUGGCACUGUUGGCUUUUCAGCCACUGUGUUCUCCGGGAGCACUUCCGAUCCGCUGAUCCCUCGUACUUCGAAGGCUAGUUGUAGUUUCGGUGAUGAAGAGCUACGCCGUGUUCGAGAGUUACGCGAAUGGUUUAAUUCGCCAGGUUGUCCAGUCGAGCGGGAACCCAUCAUUGAUCACAACGACCCAUCACAGUCCCUACAAUGCACCAAACCAGCUAGCCUUGUGAAAAGACUUUGGUGUCUUCAACCAGAAGAGUUCACUUCUACGGAGGGUCAG